GUCGGUCCCAACACUAGGGUGUCUCCCAGCUAUCCGCUGGAGUCCACAAAAACGUAGAGGUGGAUAUGGCUUCAGGACCUCCCUCUCGCCUCCUCCUGUACCAACUCAAAACAUAAUUUUUUUUUUAAAAAAAAUCCACGUUCUAAAGAUGCCAAUCUCCAGCUCGUCCAUUCCUAGGGUUCCAUUACCUGCUAUUUCUUCCCUUUGCAACCAGAAUCGGCAUUUUGGUGGCAAAAGACGUGACCCAAAAAAGAUGGCAACAAGCAUUCAUUUGGUUGUGUGUUCCCUCUCCCGAGACCGCAGCAAUCCGGUUGAACUGGACGUGAGGUUCCCUGCCGAUUACUCCCAGCUUCUCGAGCAGGCAAAAGAAGCAACUGAAUUGGCUCUGAAAGACAAGAAGCAGUUGCUGGAGGUUGAGUUUCCUACUUCUGGCCUAGAAUCUGUACCAGGUGAUGGUGAGGGAGGUAUUGAAAUGACAGAAAGCAUGCAGCUGAUUAGAGGUUUUUGUGAUCGCUUGAUAGUUCCAGAGAAAGCUACACGGACAAGAGUUUUCUUCCCAGAAGCAAAUGAAGUGGAUUUUGCAAGACAAUCUGUCUUUGGAGGAACCUCACUCAGGCUUGAUUAUCUGACAAAACCAUCAUUAUUUGAAGACUUUGGUUUUAUUUCCAAGGUUAAAAUGGCAGAUCGUGUGAAACCAGAAGAUGAAAUAUUCUUAGUUGCUUAUCCCUAUUUUAAUGUCAAUGAAAUGCUUGUGGUGGAAGAGCUAUACAAGGAAGCGGUCGUAAAUACUGAUAGAAAGCUAAUCAUAUUCAACGGAGAGUUGGAUAGGAUAAGAAGUGGAUAUUAUCCGCCAUUUUUCUAUCCCAAGCUGGCAGCACUUGCCAAAACUUUCCUUCCCAAGUUGGAGACGGUAUAUUAUGUUCACAACUUCAAAGGGCGCAAUGGAGGAACACUGUUCAGGUCAUAUCCUGGCCCCUGGACAGUAUUGAGAAAAAUUGGUGGUAGAUAUAUCUGUUUGCAUCAGCAGGAAGAAAUGCCAUCCCUGAAGGAAGUUGCCCUCAACAUUCUUCCAUCAGCUUGAUCUGUAAGAUGUGAACUGUUGUCAUAUGUAGCAUAAGGGAUCUGAGAUUUUUCUUAAGGCAAUAUGCUUAAUAGUAGAUUACAUGUUAAACUUUUUAUGCC